UCGUACCACUAGGAAGAAGUUAACUUCGAAGAAAAAAAAUGUGGAAGUCAAGAGACGAAUUUCCCUGACAAAUUUGUAAUUUUCUGCAGCUUGAUAUUUAAAUGUAGCGAUGUUGUGAUUGUUAUGAUAUUAAUUUAGGAAUAUAUUUUCCUAGAGAAUUUCGCGAAAUGAAUCCUUCAAGUAAGAUAUUGUUAUCACAAAGAACAGUGAAAGAGUGAAGAUACAUUUUAUGUGCUAAUUGCGGCAAUGGUUCUUCCGUUUCCUAUCAUGCUCAUUUAAAGAUGGUCGAUGAAGGAGGUGACAGGGAAUUAGAUCCCAAAUUUGCUAUUAUUCGAGAGGUGUACGAUAGCGAAAAUGCCCACGAAACCUUUGAACUGGAAUUAGAGAAGGCCCUGGAAGCUGGAUGUAGAAUAAUAGUUGUUGAGCCUUCACGGUUAGGUGAUGAGACAGCCAGAUGGAUAUCAGUUGGAAAUUGUCUUCACAAAACUGCAGUAUUAUCUGGAAUACUAGCUGUUGGUUCAGGUUUGAUUUGGAAUGAACGCCCAUAUUUAUGUACUCCGCUGGCAGCUCUCUCACUCCUUUGUACAGGACUGUACACUGUUGCUUGGCAGUUUGAUCCUUGUUGUCAGUAUCAAGUUGGGACUGAUGUAGCUGAACUUUCUGAACUUCCAUUGCUUGGGGUUUUAGCAUCGUCAUCACCAGUUGUUUUAGUACGCCGUGAUAAUUCUCGUCGGAAGAUAUUGCAUACUAGUGUAUCACUGCUGGCAACUAUUUUUUGUGCCUGGCGAAUAUAUGAAGCUUAUAAAUGAGUGAAAUAAUUAGGAUGUGCUUAAACAGUAAUUGUUCUGACAACGAAAGAGCCAUAGUAGGUGUGUGGAUAAACCUAAAAUAUAGUGUGUCAGAAAUAUAUUUCUAAUUGACGUGAGCAAACAUAUUUUCUUUGAAAUAUUUUAAGCUCGAUCACUCUAGAAAGUCUUCAUAAAUUUGAAAAUGUGAUGUACAAAUGCAGUUAUAAAUUUUGAUGUGUUUGAAAGUUGUGCACAUUUCUGCUGAUGCAAAUGAAGAAAGGUGGUCGUAUUAAAAUUUAAAUAUUUUUUCUGGGCAAAUUGAUCACUUAAAUUUUAAAACAAAAAUCACCAUCUAAGCUAAAAGUUCAGGGAUCAGAUCCUGCAAAUUAAUUGUGCAUUGUUAGUCUGAAAUGCCACAUCGGUCAUUAGAUUUGUGCAGAGCUUUCAAGAAAGUUAGAAUGUUAGGAAUGGCAUUGUAGGGAAGAAUGCCAGAGUGAUGCAGUAGAUAAUAAACUAUAUUUUUGCACAUCUGUAUAUUUCCCAGAGGUUGCCCAUGCUCUUGAGUACCUUAAAAAUAGUUGUAAUGCUCAGUGAAAUCUGGUAAUAGAUAUCUCAAACUUCAAUGUUGCAGAUAAUGUUAAACUUGAUAACAUGUUGAGCACAAUUUGUACAGAAAUCUCAUUAUGCUGUGGAUUAGGUCCAUGGAAUUAUGAAGCAAAGUUCAAGGUGGUCAUAGAUUAAGGGCUUCUUGAAAAGGUAUACUAAAGAUGGGGGAAGAUAUGGGAAGACUAUGAAAGACUGGUCCUCAGAUAGCUACUGGGAGGGAAGUAUUACUGCCACUUCUUGCUCUGAGGAAUGCAAAAUAGUUACCUACCAAGUUUAUGUAUAGUACAGGAUUUAUAGAGGGUUAUUUUGACUUCCGAAAAUUAAAUACUGUAUGGAUCAUGAAUAAAGGAAUAUUGUAUUUACAAAUAUUAAUUUUAUUCCACUUGUGUGGAUUUUCCAGCAAUGCUGAAUGCACCACUGGCAAUGUUUCUAUUGUCACAAAGCAACAUCGUUAAUACAGUAAAUAAGUCAGAUUUUAUAACUUCUGGAAAUGCAUUUUAUAUGCAACUGACUGUGUCAAUACUAAAUAAGUGAGCUAAUUAAAAAUAAUCCAGGAAGGUUUCGUAUAAGACAGGCUGUUUGUAAUGUAUGACCAACAGCAUUCUUAAUUCAUGUACUGUCAACUGAUGCUUCUCAGUGCUUAAAAUAACUGUCCAACUAGCCCAGAGAAGAAACAUCACUUUCAUGGUCAUUCCACACAUUCCCCAAUGAUUCAAGCACUUUUUCUGCAUCUGUAGAAAGCUCUUCUUUAAACACAGCCUUAUCUAAAUACAGUGGGCAGUGGGAAAUAUGCACCAAGAACUGGGUGGACUUUAUUUGUACGUUGAACAGCUCAAUGGUCCUGAAGUCUACCUUAAGAGCAAAUAUCAAUGUGGAGGGUCUGGACGUUCUCCCCAGUUGAAUCCUCC